AUGAAUAAAAUCUGCGGUUGUUGCUAUUUUGAGCGCGAUACUUACGCCUUGAGGUAUAUCCCACAGGUUGGCCUUCAAGCCCACGCAAUCCUACGAGGCACCAGCUCGUGCACAACUCUGACCCAAACAUUCAAAAACUCGGGACCUGGGCUGCUUCACGAGGUCUGCUAUCGGUUCCCACUCUUCGACGGGGUCAGUAUCGUCGGAUUUCGAUGCCAGGUGGGCGAUCGAGUCUUGCGCAGCGAGGUCAAGACCAAAGAGCAAGCCAGCCAAGACUACCACACAGCCGUCUCGCGUGGCGCCUCGGCUGGGGUGCUUGACCAGUCCAGUCAAGACUCGGACAUCUUUAUACUGCGGCUGGGCAAUGUCCCUCCUCGGGAGACCAUCACAGUGAGCAUCACUGCUGUGGGGGAGCUGAAGACCGACGCGCAAACCGAGGGCAUUCGAUACACAUUGCCAAAUGGUAUUGCACCUCGUUAUGGGUAUAGGGUGGAUCAGGUCGUGUCUACUCUGAUCAACCCAACAGACAAGAAAGGCCUCAAAAUAGUUGUAGACGUCGUCAUGGAGAAUGAAAGCGCAAUUCGGAUGGUUCAGUCACCCAGCCAUCCCAUCCGUGUCAGACUGGGCCGGACUUCAUCCACCCCCGAGGAAUGUACCGAAUUCGCAAAGAGCUGUGCCUUCGCAACGCUGCAUGUCGCCAGUGAAAGCCAUAUAUUGGAGCGAGACUUUGUCCUGGUGAUCAAAGCCGAUAAGACAGAUGUUCCUCGCGCUUUGAUCGAAUGUCAUCCCACCGCCCCCAACCAGCGUGCCAUCAUGGCUACCCUUGUACCCCGGUUUCACAUCCCUGCGUCCGACCCGGAAGUGGUUUUCCUGAUUGACCGUAGUGGCAGUAUGCGGGACAAGAUCUCAACCUUAAAGUCUGCUCUCCGGGUCUUUCUGAAGUCGGUGCCCCACCAGUUUCUCUGGGCUCGCAGUCGGGCCUACGAUGGCCCCGGUCUGCAGAAAGCAUUGACCCUGGUGGAUUGCCUGGAUGCGGACAUGGGAUGCACGGAGAUGACGGCUGCUGUCCAAGCAGUUGUGAAGCGUCGUCUGAAGGGACGGGAACUGGAGGUUCUGAUUCUCACCGAUGGACAAAUUCACCAACAGCAAGAGCUAUUCGACUUCAUCCGUGCUACUGCUGCUAACCACACAGCUCGCUUCUUUGCUUUGGGCAUCGGUUCCUCUGCUUCUCAUGCCCUUGUGAACGGUAUUGCACGUGCUGGUGAUGGGAUUGCCCAGUCGGUCAUGCUUAAUGAGGAGCUGGACUGCACCGUUGUGCGUAUGCUCAAAGGGGCUCUGAGUCCGCACAUUCAUGAUUAUUCGCUGACUGUCAACGACGACGAGCCGAAUGACGGUUUCGAGGUGGUUGAUCAUGAAGAGCAGGAGCUAGUGCAGGAGCCAGACACCACCACCACCACCCCAGAACCUUCCCCUCGGAGACCUAUCCUGCUCUUCGACCCCGAACUGAGGCCUCCAGUUGUGCAGCCUCCGAGUAUCAUUCAAGCUCCACAGCACCUGCCAACCCUCUAUCCGUUCAUUCGCACCACGGUCUACCUUCUUCUCACAUCGGCUCGAGCUCCACGCUCGCUGACUAUUCGUGCUUCCUCCAAACAUGGCCCACUGACACUUGACAUUGCCGUGGAAGACGUGGGUUGUGGCGAGACCAUUCACCAGCUUGCAGCCCGCAAGAUAAUCACCGACCUGGAAGAGUCUGGCGGAUGGAUAGCCCGUGCCAAGGACAAGCAUGAUCAGCUCUACAAUUCUGUGACUCAGUCAAGGCUAGCUAUCCAGGAAUGUAAACGUCUGGGUCUCCAGUACCAGCUCUCUGGCCACCACACGUCGUUCGUGCAGUCGAUGAAAAUGCUCUUCUGUCAGGAGAAUGCUCGUCAUCUGGUUCAACUGCCGUGGAAGUGUUAUGCUAUGUCGAGAGCUUGGAGAGGUGGUCCACCGGGGAUUCUGAGGGGUGGUGCCAGAGAUGGUGUACGAGGUGGCACAAGAGGGGGUGGGCCAGCAGGUGCGAAAGGUGGCGAGAUACCCACCCUACGAGGCGGUGGCAGUCCCCUCGUGCCAGUGCCCCAAUCUGCGACUGUCCCCAGCGCAUCACGUCGACGGAUAUAUUGCGUCAUUGACUUGCAGAUCUUUGACGGAAGCUGGCAAUGGUCACCAGAGCUUUUCGAGGUAUUGGAGCUGGACGAAUCGAUGAUGCGUAAGCAGCUUGUGCGUUGGUGGCAGCAGGCUGGCAUUCAGCCGAGUCAAACGUUUCCAAACUGUGACGACGGUUCGCUUCUUGCCACAGUUCUAGCCAUUGAAUACCUGCAGGGACGAUGUCAAGAUUCGAGAAAUAUCUGGGAGUUAGUGUGUACUAAGGCAGAACGGUGGCUGGAUGAGCGAACUCGAGCCAUGGAGGAGAGGGGUUGGGGUUUAGUCGGACGUUGCCGGGAGCACAUUCAUUCCCUCGUUUCGGACAAGGAUACUGAAGGAUGA